AUGGGCCCUAAAGCAUAGGCUCAUAUCCGUGUUAGGUGACCAGGAUAAUUGUGACUUAGUUUCGCGCAGCAGGUAGAUCGAACUUGAAACGUGUUGGCGUCUCAGUUCCGUCUCCUUACCACUCGACCACAAUCACCCGAUCAAAAAACAUCUACAACUAUCCUUUACCGAGCGAAACUUAAGUGGUAAUAAGUGGUAACCAUAAUCGAACAUGGCAGACACUUCUAGUUGACAUCCUCAAACAGCAUUUGUCAUAAUUAAUUUGUCAUAAUUAAUUAUACGCUAAUAUAAACAUAUAAAUAAUCACCCCCUUCAAAUCAUUUUUCUUCCAUCAUCCAAAAGAAAAUUGUUGGAGCCACUCCACAAGAAGAAAGAUGGCGAUCACAACCUCAACCCGAGCCAUAGUUUUCGCUAUUGCCAUUCUCUUGGUCGCCAUCCAAACCGUUCACGCAGACUAUUACCGGCCACGACUACCUACACUUAUGAGCCCUCCGCCUUACGGCGCGGAGCCCAAGCCACUCCCAACUCCCAGCCCCAAACCUAUCCUCUACCAUCCUCCUCCCACCUCCCACUACCAGCCACCCACGGGCUCGUUUGAAGAUCAGUUCCUUGCUCCGCAUAAUUCUGUUCGGACCAGCUUAGGUCUGUCUCCAUUAGUUUGGGACGGCAGGAUCGCGAGCUACGCAACUUGGUGGGCUAACCAGAGGCGGUAUGACUGCUCCCUAACCCACUCAACUGGUCCAUACGGCGAGAACUUGUUUUGGGGAAGUGGCUCAGACUGGACACCAACUUUCGCAGUGGAGUCAUGGACCGUGGAGGCCAAGUCCUACAACCACAUGACCAACUCGUGUGAAGGCGGUAUGUGCGGUCACUACACUCAGAUCGUAUGGCGUGACACCAAACGGAUAGGUUGCGCUCGCGUUGUCUGCGAGAACGGUGCAGGAGUUUUCAUCACUUGCAACUACGACCCACCGGGUAACUACGUUGGAGAGAAUCCUUACUAACUUUGUCUACACUUGGUUUUGUAAUUAAGUCGUUGGUGAAUUCUUAAUCUAUGUGUUUAAAUCUUGGCUUUUAUAUUUCCUUGUGACUUGUGAACUAAGUAUUGCAUGGGUUUUAUGUUGGUGGUGUUACGAGCAGUUUGUUGUUUGUAUUGUACUUUUCAUUUUUGUAAUGGCUGUGUCAACAAAUGAAGAAAAAAAUUAACGGCGUACAGAGACACAGGGACAUUCCAUAGUUCCAUAUUUCCAUUAAAUUUCCUAGAUCAUAUACUACUAAAUACUAGUUAUUGGCCUAUGUAAAUCAUCCCAAUAUAGAACGUGUCACUCAUUCUCGAAUCCUCAUUCUCGGAUAAAUUGUCUGUAGCUAGGGUAAUAAACCAAACGAAGAUAACUAACUAUGUAUUGAUUUCAAAUAAAGAGUAUUUGUUUAUUAUAUUAGCUACAGACAUAUUUUUUAUGAAUACUUAUCACUUUAUUUUUUAUUAGUUCAAAAAUCCGUAUAAUAAAUUAUUAUUCAUAUUCUCAAAAUGUUUAAAUCAAACAACAAAUUAUUUUGAUAUGACAAAGUUUUUCAUCAAAAUAUAUAUCCUUAGUAUUGUUCUGAAAUAUUAAAAAUAUCAGAUUUUAGAAAUAUUUUAGAAAAUAUCUUUUUACAAAUUUUUUUUUAUUGAUUAGUAUUUAAUUAGAAAUAUCCUUAAUUAAAUACUUCUAAUUAUUUAAUUAGAAGUAAUAAUUAAUUUUACUCAAUAUUUUUACAAAUAUGACUCAAAACUUGAAGUCAAACACAAAACUAACUCAUGUUUUUUUGGAACUUUGACUUGCCUAUUUCACCUCUAAAGUUCAGAUUAUUCACGAAAAUACCAUCACUUUUAUGCAGAUUUUACUCUAUCGCCCUCAUCUUCCUCAAGUAUUCACAAUAUUGUCAUUGCCAUCAAUACACCAAUCACCAUGAACAACCAAUUUGAAGCUCUUAAUGCACCUAAAAA